UUGAUUAAUAUUUGUAAACAAAGUAACAAACAUCUAUGGAUACAGUUGAUACCCAUGCCAGUGUGGCACAUUUGAAAAUCGUGUUAAAAGUGUAAUUUGGUGUAAUUUGUUGCGUGACUGAUGGCACCUGAGCUACAAAACAAAUUUAUCCACCCGUGUUUUUGGGACAACUGGCUGCGUUGUCGGACAGGCGUGUAUUGUAUGUAAGAUGUUAUUUCCUGAUUUGAAAAGUUUAUUUGCCACAACAGCGGCGACGUCUGGUAUUAUUCAGUUUUUAUCUGGAGUACCAGUAUGCAAGGGUUUUGUUGAUACUGGGACAACAGGAGAGAGUGAACCAACAACGUUCGUUGCUGGACUAUUGUCGUCCUCUUUAUGGCUUUUGUAUGGCAUCGCAAUAUCUGACACUUCUACAAUUAUUGUCAACUCAAUUGGUGUUUUACUACAGUUCAGUUAUGUAGUAACCUACUAUAUAUACGCUAUCAGGAAGUCACAGGUAUUGAAGUACAUGUCUGUAUUCAUUGUGGUGUUGCUAUUAACACUUCUGUAUUUAUACUUUGACACAAAUCCAGACAGAAAGAGAUAUCACAUGGGUCUCUUAUGUACAUUUGUGACCAUCAUGUUCUUUGCUGCGCCAUUGAUGACCUUGCACAAGGUUAUAAGAUCAAGAAGUACACGUUCUCUUCCAUUUCCUAUUAUAUUAAUGACAUUUUUGUCAUCAGUACAAUGGUUAAUAUAUGGAACUCUAUUGGGGGAUCCAUUCAUGAAGAUUGUAAAUGUAAUUGGUACACUAUUGAGCGCAUUUCAGCUCUCGCUUUUUGUUAUAUACCGUGACCAACCAGUGCAGGCAGAGUGAAGAGAUCGCAGUGAAAGGACACCAUCUUUGCACCGAAGAGAAGCGCAAUGUAUUUAUUAUUGGUUGUUUAUUUUUUGUGUUAUGAGGAGAAAAGAAUGAAAUGAUUGUGCAUGAUACUUACGACUGAGAAACUUACAUCCAUAACUGUUUUGUGAUAAGAUUUUAAAUUGAUGUACCUGAGGAAAACUAGAUACUCUGUUGAAAUGGGAAAAAUCUUCUUUCAAAUACACGUAAUUUUUAAAGGCUUCAUGUAAAUGGCUGUGAGAUAAUUAUAUUUUAUAUGAGACUAUAUUUUACUUGUGAUUA